AAUUAUAGUCACUGACUAUGGAUCCAAACCGCCGCAUCCAAAAUUUCCAAAUUGUUUCCAACUUUCCACGAUAAAUCCCAGCCGUUGCUUUCAAUAUUUUCCUUUUUCCAUAUUCUCCUCUCUCUCUAUAAAUAUUGCGCCGCACCCUGCAAAUCUCAACUCAUCUCUGUUUAUCGCUUUCGUUUUGCGUCUAAUAAGCCUUACCAAACACGUCAACAACUCAAAGCGAAACGAUGUCGAACGAGGGUAAGAAGAUUACGCUGAAAAGCUCUGACGGCGAGGUUUUCGAGGUGGAGGAGUUGGUGGCGCUGGAGUCUCUGACCAUCAGACAUAUGAUCGAGGACGACUGCGCCGAUAGCGCCAUCCCAGUUCCCAAUGUUACCGGAAAGAUCCUGUCCAUGAUCAUUGUAUACUGUAAGAAGCAUGCUGAAGCCGCUGCCGCCAAUGCCAACGACGUGGUCGCAGAGAACGACCUCAAGGCUUUCGACUCCGAAUUUGUCAAAGUCGAUCAGGCCAUACUCUUCGACCUUAUUAUGGCUGCAAACUAUCUGAAUAUCAAGAGUCUUCUGGAUCUUACUUGCCAAACUGUUGCAGACAUGAUUAAGGGAAAAACGCCAGAGGAGAUCCGCAAGUUAUUCAACAUAAUAAAUGACUUCACUCCGGAAGAAGAAGAGGAGAUCCGAAGAGAGAACCAAUGGGCUUUUGAGUAGAAUUAUUUCAAUAUUUUCCUUUUUUUUAGAAGUUGUUACUAUGUCAGUAUUAAAUUUCACAUCCCUUUGCAGAAACUGAAAUUUUUUAGUCGAAUAUAGACUCUUAUAUUUUGUGCCUAUUUUAUUCUAUAUUUCGGAUAUUAAAAGGAGAAUGAGAAAGCAAGGAGACUUUGUAACAUUAUAAAUUGAAAUGCGAUGGUUGAAACAA